CCUAGUGAUGAUUUAAUUAUAAGUUGGAAAAUCGAUUAUUUAGACUUAAUAAGCUUAUUUGAAGAAUUAUCAAUUCUAAUUCAGACUUGAAAAUGAACACUAACGUGUUUGCGUUGAUUUUUAUUAACAUUUUAAAAAUAAUUUGGUGUUUCAGUAUAGUACCUUCAAGUAAUUACCAGCAGGAUGGAGGGGUAACUGAAUUUCCCUUUGCACAAGCUAAGGUGAAAUACCACCGGUCCCGCUAUUGCAUUACUGCCUUCGGGGAAACUAAUUGCGUUAGAAUGGAAGAGGAACCCGGAAAUGCCGCGAAGUUAGCAAAGCUGUACAAAAUAGUAAUGCAGGGUUACGAACAAAACUUAGCCCUAAGGACAGGUCAAAAUGUUAAACCAAGUAUCCAAAGCCUUGAUAUUGCACUGGGCGAGGACAUAAACAUGGACGUACUGCGCCAGCUGAUUAAGCCCCAAAGAAGCCAAGACACCUUGCGGAUGAGUAAAUUUUUAGGUAUCAAGCCGAAGACGAACCAAAAUAAACCAAAAUUCAGCAAAGAGAUUAAGCCUGCUUUUAGGGAGUUACCGAAAAAGAUGAGUCAAAAGGUUCGAUUGCAUAAAUAUAUAACCCAGAAGCCGUAUCAUGUCGCCCCUAUUCCUCGAAGAGAUGGCAGCCUUUUGGAUCGUUCUCCGUUUUGGUUCGGCUUUAACCCGCAACGUCGAGUUGGCGUGGCGGGUACUUAUCCGAACCAGAAGAAACUAUAAGUGUUUGGUUUUUGUUUUCAAUAAACAGAAUAUAUCGGCA